AGGCCGAACAUCUGGCAGUGUGACUUCCGGCGCGUUUAUUUAGACGUUUUGUUUGUUGUUGAGACCGUGGGGCUGGUAAUAAGCUUAGGAGUGAGGAGUUUGCUGGGAAGUGAGGGGCGUAAGGCGGAAGCGGAGCCUUCGUGCAUACUGCACAGGGUCUCUUCUUAGGGUCGGGGAGGUCCCCUUCUGCGGGGAGUUAUCGUACCGAAACCGACCUGGUCGCUCCACUUUGGAAGCUCCGUUCCGCCCACAGGCUCGGAUGGCGGCGGCUUCGCUGCCGGCGCCACCUCAGGGCAGUGUGACCUUUGAGGAUGUGGCUGUGUACUUCUCCUGGGAUGAAUGGUGUCUUCUUGAUGAGGUUCAAAUACACCUGUACCUUGAUGUCAUGUUGGAGAACUUUGCACUUGUGUGCAUGCUGGGUUCUUGUCGUGGAGUCCAGGAUGCAGAGACAUGUUCUGAACAGAAUGUAUCUGCAGAGGGAGCAUCACAGAUUAGGGCUCCCAGGGCAGAAUUGUCUCCUGAGAAUACCCAGCCCUGUAAGAUAUGUGUCCCAGUCUUGAGAGACAUUUUACAUUUAGCUGAAGAGCAAGGAACAAAUAGGGAGCAAAAAGAAUACAUGUGUGGGGCAUGUGGGAAACAAUUCUAUUUUACUGCCAAUGUUCAGCACCGCAUUGGAGUGAAAUUCUGCCAGUGUCAUAUGGGAAGACCUGCAUAUUUGAAAAGCUGUACAAUCCAUGCAGCAAGGAAUCUGUCUACCAACACGGAGAUUGGGAAUGACUUACUGGCCUACAUGGGAGUUCAGAAACAAACCACUAAUACCAGGAUGCCACAAAACAACAGUAAGAAGUAUGAUGCUGUUUUUCACAGUGGAAAAAGUCAUCAGAGCUGGGGAGGAGGCAAGAUAGUCUCCAACCCCACAGACAUGCUUGUUCAGGAUGAAGAAGCCCUCACUGGUGAAGGAUUUUGUGAGUUCAGCAAAUGUAGGGAAGCCUGCACCCGAAGAAAUAGCCUUAUUCAGCACCAGGAAGUUCGUGCCAGAGAAAGGUCUUAUGAAUGCAGCCAUUCUGGAAAAUUUUUUACCCACAAAUCUGGCUUCCUUGCAGGUCAGAGAUUUAACUCUGGAGGAACGCUAUAUGCCUGUCCUGAAUGUGGAAAGUCAUUUAGCCAAAGGAGGUACCUCAGAAUCCAUAGAAAAAUCCACACUGGAGAAAAGCCUUAUAAAUGCAAGGAAUGUGGUAAAUCUUUCAUCCAAAAGGGGAGGUUAAUUGACCAUCAGAGAGUUCACACUGGCGAACGGCCUUAUGAGUGCAGUGAAUGUGGAAAGUCUUUUGUUGCUCUGCGUGGCCUCCAGUAUCAUCAGAGAGUUCACAGUGGCGAGAGGCCCUAUGGGUGCAGUGAAUGUGGGAAAUCUUUUAUUGCUAAAUCUGACCUCCAUUAUCAUCAGCGAGUUCAUUCUGGAGAAAGGCCUUAUGAGUGCAGUGAAUGUGGGAAAUGUUAUAUUGAUAAGAGAGGUCUUCAGUAUCAUCAGAGAGUUCACAGUGGAGAAAGGCCCUAUGAGUGCCGUGAAUGUGGGAAAUGUUUUAUUUUUUCAAGUGGUCUCCGGUAUCAUCAGAGAGUUCACAGCGGAGAAAGGCCCUAUCAGUGCAGUGAAUGUGGGAAAUCUUUUAUUGUUAAGAGAGGCCUCCAGAAUCAUCAGAGUGUUCAUAGUGGAGAAAGACCUUAUGAGUGCAUUGAAUGUGGAAAAUGUUUUAUUGAUAGGUCACGUCUUCAUCGGCAUCAGAGAGUUCACAGUGGAGAAAAGCCUUAUGAGUGCAGAGAAUGUGGGAAAUGUUUUACUGAUAGGUCAGGCCUUCAUCGGCAUCAGAGAGUUCACACUUCUGAAAGGGCUUAAAUAUUGGUAACUCUUUAGCCAGAGACAGCUUCUACAUAUCCAUAGGAAAAUCCACACUGGAGAAAAGUCUUACGAGUGCAAUGAAUAUAAUACAUCUUUUUUCCAAAACUGGAACAGAAUUGUACAUCACAGAGUUCACAGUGGAGAAAGGCCUUACGCCUGCACUGAAUGUUGGAAAUCCUUUAGCUGAAGGAAGUACCUCAGUACCCAUAGCAAAAUCCAUAGUGGAGAAAAGCCUUAUCAGUACAAGGAAUGUGAUAAAUCUUUUACCUGUAAGUACUGUUUCAUUGGACAUCAGUGAAUUCAUACUUUAGAAAGGCCUUAUUAGUGUAAUGUAUGUGGUAAGUCUUAUAUAUUCUGUCUGGCUUCCAUUAUCAUCAGGGCAGUCACAGAGGAGAGACACUGUAUAUGUGCAGUGAAUAUAGGACAUCCUUUAACCAAACCCACCAACUGAGUUCCUUUAGGAUAAACCACGCUAGAGAAAACCCUUACGAGUGCAAGGAAUGUGGUCAAUCAUUUUCCUGAAAGUGCCACUUGAUUAGCCGUCAAGUAGCUCACACUGGAGAAAGGGCUUUAUGAAUAUCGCAAUAUGACUGGCAGUGACAUUGAGGGAUUUGAGGUAGUAAGAAAGUGGGACGUACCUAUGCAGCAAAUGGACACUUUCUAGAGAGGAAACUGAAGCACAGAGAUGCUGUAUCAUGUUUGUGAUCUCUUUGCAAUGGAUACAGAUCUGGGAUUUAAUUCCAGGUAACCUGUUUCAAGAUUUAGGGAGUCUGGUCAUUUUACCUCUUCCUGCUCCCUCCAGGUUUGGAGACUGAAAGAACACCUUGUCCAUCCUGACACUUCUGCACCCCUCAUCUCCUGCCUGAUGAGCCCUGCUUAUACCCCAGCCUCACGCUGAUUAUCUUUUUUCUGAAAACCAACAUUGAUGAGUUUCCUGCAGAUUCUUCCAUUUAGCUACUCAACCAAACCAGUGCUGUGAUUCAGUUUUUAUUAUUGCUAUCUGAGAAAGAAGGGACAUCCAUCUCAGAGAGGUAGAGGGCUUUUCAUAAGGGCUCUCUAUUGUCAGACCUUUCGUGAGAGGGAUUCCUCUACACUGCACAUAUACGCUGGUUGCUUUUCUGCUGCUCAGAGCAGGGACUCCUAUUUCCUGUGUUCUGACCAUGAACUAUGCACACCUGAUGCCUGCAUCACCACCAGGGGUUCCAGCUUUAUUUCCACCUUUGCAUAAUUCUUGCAAACACUCUCCCCUUGCAAGUUCUUCACAGGGACAGCAACACUAAGCCAGGGACUCCAGACUCACUCGUUGGGUCACUCUACAUUUUACACUGGCUUCACCACUUUGGGAUGUGCCUGUUGUCCCAUUAUGCAGUUGACCCACUCGUGUUCUAGGCAAUGUGAGGAACACUGAAGAACUAAGAGCAUCCUCUGUGGUCCUCACAUAGCCUGGUCUCCAACAUUCUUCCUGUUAACCUCUGCAUGUCCUGUCACUUCUCCUCCUACCCCCACUCACUUCGAAAAGUGGAAGUUGCCCAGUAAUGAUUGUUAAUCAGCAAGAACUUGCCCCCCCCGCAUCAUUAGGAAGCACAGUUAAUGAACAUUUCUAAAAAAAUAUUUUUGUUUGGAAACUUUGUUUACAGUACUUUGGUUCCUUUCAUACAAUGACAUGAAUCAGGCAUAAGUAUCUGUAUGUACCCUCCUUCUUGACCGUGCCCCCCCCCCCCACUCCAUCCCACCUCCCUUAUGUUGUCAGAGAGCACUGAGUUGAGCUCCCUGUGUUAUACUGCAACUUCUCACUAGCUAUUUUACACAUGGUAAUUAUAUAUUUCAAUGAUACUCUGAAUUCCUCUCACCCUCUCCUUCACCUGCUGUGUCCAUAAAUCUCUUCUCUAUGUCUAUAUUUCUGUUUUCUCCCUGCAAAUAAGUUCAUCAGUACCAUGUUUCUAGAUUCCAUAUGUGUGCAUAAGUAAACUAUAUUUGUUGUCCUUUUUUUGACUUUGUAUAAUGGGCUUUUAAGUUCAUCCACCUCACUAGAACUGACACAUUGAUUAUUUUUUAUGGCUGAGUAAUACUCUCUAUAUAUAUACCACAACUUCUUUAUCUAUUCAUCUGUCAGUGAGUAUCUUGGUUCCUUCCAUGUCCUAGCUAUUUUAAUAUUGCUGCAGUGAACAUUGGAACACGUGUAUUUUUGAAUUACAGUUUUCUCAGGGUAUAUAGUGAGAGUGGAAAUUUAUAUAAACAUUAGGGAGGACAGUAUGGAGAUUUGUUAAAUGUAGGAAUAAAGCUACCAUAGGACCCAGAAAUUCAGUCUAUGUUAAAAUCUAAGACUGGAUGCAUGCUGAUACCUCCAGUGAAGACCAUGUAACAGCAGUGUGAAAUCAUGAUUUUAAUUGCAUUCGUCAGGAUUCUUGAGGUUGAGUGUUGUUUCUUAAUAUCUCUUUACCUAUGUGUCUUGUUUGGAGAUCUUCCUAUUCUUAUCUUUGCCUUCUUUUAUGUCCCCAUUUUCUCUUUUUUUGAUGAAUAGGAGAGCAGGUAAACAAGAAAGACAUCUGUGAGAGUUCACCCAUUAGCCAGUAAUGUCAAUGAUGUCUGCACAGAAUUUUGGAAUACUGAAAGAAAAUGUUCUCGUGUUUUCAUCAAUUUCUUUAGUAUGCAUGAUGUAAUGAGCAGAUACAUUAUACACAUUUAAGAUAAAUCUGAAUUUUUAACAUAGGCUAUUUCAGUCUUAAGUGCAGACAUUAAGUUACAAAGUAAGUCCUAUUUUAUAAUGUUUGCCAAUUUCUGUGGGUGUAAAUACUCCCAUAGUCAGUGUCAGAUUGCCAGCAUAAUGUCACUUAACCUGGAGUUGGGAACCUUGGCCAGUAGGCCACCAUUGUGUACUUCCCCCUUUUACAAGUUCAGUAUCUCUAUAUAUAAUUUUAAGAAUUUUACAUUACUUGAAUGUUUAUAAAAUGACAGGUAUUGGAUAUUUGUUUUAAACAUUUCAUUGAUGUAUAGUUGACUUAAAAUAAAUUUUACUUAUUUAAAA